GUCAAGUAAGCUGAAUUUUUCUUUUCAACUCAACUCGUCAUGUGGCAUGAAAAGUAAACUCCGAUUUGUUGUGUGUUGCUUUGGUAUUGGUUUGUGUUUUCUCAGAGAGCUAUGGCUGAUAUAGAUGAAGCAGUUACUGAUGAUGAAAAGAUAAGAAUUGCAUCUGAUUUUAUUUUACAUUCCCCUCCUGGUGAAUUCAAUGAAGUUUUUAAUGAUGUCAGAGUUCUCAUUAAUGAUGAUUUUUUGUUAAAAGAAGGUGCAUCUGGUGCCUUUGCCCAAUAUAACAAGGACCAAUUGACGCCUGUAAAGAUUGAUGGUUCAAAUUUUCUAGCUUUAAUCACAGAUCAUAAUGACCUUGGUGGGGGAAGAUUUUAUGAUCCUCGAUCUGGUCAAUCUUUUAAGUAUGAUCAUUUGCGAAAAGAAGCAUUGGACUUUAAGACAUAUGAACCAGAUAGAGUGACAGAAGUUUGGAGAAGGGCCUUAGAGGAAGCUUGCACACUAUAUACUCAGGAUCAUUAUAGAAAUGGAACAUGUUGUGUUUUUAGCAAUAAUCAAGAUCAAACCAUUACAUUAACUGCCUGUAUAGAAGAUCAUCAGUUUGAACCUAAAAAUUUUUGGAAUGGAAGAUGGCGUAGUGUUUGGUCUGUAACUUUUUCACCAGAUUCAACAACUGCUGAUUUACAAGGCAUUGUUAAAGUUCAGGUUCAUUAUUAUGAAGAUGGAAAUGUUCAGCUUGUUAGCAGUAAAGAAGUUAAAGAAACUCUAUCAAUAUCAAUGGCAAUUUCAGAGAAUUAUCAAACUAUGUCUGACACUACAUUUAAAGCUUUACGGCGUUUACUUCCAGUUACAAGAACCAAAAUUGAUUGGCAGAAAAUUUUAACAUUUAAAAAAUUAGGAACAGAACUGAAGCAUCAUUGAUAUUAGUGCAUAUUGAAUUAGUUUGAACUACAUUGUUAAAAACAAAUUAUGUCUUAGGAUUUAUACAUUUGGAAGAUGUUCCUUCUGAACUUGUGUUAAAAUCUUGUUUGGUAUAAUGUGUUAUUAUUGUUUAAUCAUGUGCUUUAUGAAUAGUGCCUAGAAAUAGCAUUUAAUUCUGUUAUUAAAAAAAAAAAAAUUGAAUCCUGUUAUAUGAUAUAUUCUAUAUUUUUUUACUAUGUUGAUUAGAAUUGUAUUCUUUAUAAUUGACCAUUAUUUUUGUCACAUUAUAGUGACAUAAAUUUUAUUUUUUAUCAUAAUUUUGUUUUUAAUUAUUUUCUUUCAAUUUUGGGUUUUACUUUGAAUUUCUUUUAUGUAUUAUCUAAUUUCAUAUACACAAUUGUUUAAAUACGCCAAUUAAAAUAUUUUGAGUUUUUUAA